UUCACUACCUCUUUUCAGGCCAGGCUUCAACUGUCACCAAAGAGAUUUAACUUCCUCUAUUCUUUAUGACUUAUGGUCGUAAAGACUUCUUGCACUUCUUCCAAACGGUGAAGUUUUUCCUGCAUUAUUAAGAAUCAGCUCAGCAGCGAAUCAGAAUUCCCCUCGCUCCCCACCACAGCAUGGGACAGCCAACCAACCUUUACUCCGACUUCCAGAUCAUCAUCCUCCUCGCUCUCUGUUGGGGUCAGAGGUCAAACCCAGAUGACGAGAGGCCAUCCUGCGGUCGCUGUGACCUUCGGCUCACCUGUAACUGCUCCUAUGACGGCUUCACGCGGGUUCCCAUGGUAACAGACCACGCCCUGAGUCUUGACCUCUCUUACAACAACAUCACCGUGGUGACCGAUGAUGAUCUGACAGGCCACAGACAGCUGAGGGCUCUGAGUCUUCACGGUAACAAGAUAGCUGAGAUCCACCCGUCAGCGUUCGACCCUCUGUGGAGCCUGGAGGAGCUGGAUCUGUCUGACAAUCAGCUGACUGCUCUCAACCAAAAAUGGUUCAACAAGCUAGAAGCUCUACAGCAACUCAACCUGCUCAACAACCCAUACAGCUGCCUGGGUUCUCCUCCAGUGUUUCAGGGGCUGAUCAGGUUGAGGAGACUUUGGUUUGGAGGUCCUGCUCUGGAGGAGCUAAAGAGAGGAGAUCUGUCUGGAGUCACUGAACUGGAGGAGCUCACUGUGCAUGCCAACAACCUGAUGAGGUAUGAGUCCGGUACUCUGGCAUCCAUUUGGCCAUUGGGUCAUGUCACUUUGAGCCUCCACAGUCCAUUUUUAACAAAUGAGGCCUUAGCCUCAGCUGUGCUUGGUGAUGUUUCAUACCCGGAGACGCCCAUCAUUAUAGAAGACCUCCAUGUCAUUGGGAAUGAUACUGUUCAGCCUUUCAGAGCGGCAGCCAAGAAGAGAAUCAGGUACCUAACUUUACGCAACAUUUCUGUGUCUGAUGAGGCCUUGGUUCACUUCCUGGAGGAAUUCAGUGGAGUACCGCUCACUUUCUUCAUGUGUGAUGGCGUCACGUUAACAGGCGAGGGCAGGUGGGAGAGAGCCAGCUGGACUGAUCAAAAAAGCAUUGACGAGUUCUACAUACGAGACGCCGUGGUGCUGGAUGUCUUUAAGUUUGUCUCAUUUCUAGAGCUGGGAUUUCUGCUGCAGUAUCCCAGGAAGGUGUCUGUCGUGAACUGUAAGGUGUUCGUGAUGCCCUGUCAGACGUCCGCCCUGCUGAAGAACCUGCAGUACCUUGAUCUUUCAGACAACCUGCUGAGUGACAUGACUCUUAAGGAGACGCUGUGCGAUGGUGACGGCACAAUGAAGGACCUACGAGUUUUGAACAUCAGUGGAAACGCUCUGCAGUCUUUGUCCUUGCUGACCCACCUGGUGCUGAAGCUCUCUAAGCUGACCCACCUGGACGUCAGCAGGAACGGAUACAACUCCAUGCCACAAAGCUGCUCCUGGCCCUCCACCCUGCAAUACCUUAACCUCUCCCAGACCUCACUCACAACCAUCACUCCCUGUCUACCCAAAACUCUGAAGGUGUUGGAUCUGAGCAACAAUGAUCUCAAAAACUUCUCCCAGGCCCUGCCUGCCUUGAGAGAACUCCACCUCACUGGGAACAAGUUCCUGAGGCUGCCCUCUGGAUCGCUGUUCCCCAAUCUGCAAACACUUACAAUACAGUCGAACACCUUGAACAUGUUCAGCCAUUCAGACCUCCAGUCAUACCAACGACUCCAGAGCCUCCAGGCCGGUCAGAACAAGUUUGUCUGCUCCUGUGACUUUGUUGACUUCUUCCAGUCAGUCAUGAAAGGAAGUGGAGACGUGCAUUUGACAGACAGAGAGGAGAUGUACAUCUGCGACUCUCCUCUCUACCUGCAGGGGGGAGAAGUGGGUCAAGUCCACCGCUCCAUUGUUGAAUGCCACCAGGUUUUGUUUGUGUCUGUGAGCUGUGGAGUGGUGCUGUUAGUCCUCAUCCUGCUGAGUGUCCUGUUGUGGCGCCUCCAUGCCAUUUGGUACCUGAAGAUGACAUGGGCUUGGCUGAAGGCCAAGCGUAAAUCCCGGCAACGACGGUGCAAAGAUAGGGAUGCAGAAGCGUUGCUGUCCUUUGAUGCCUUUGUGUCCUACAGUGAGAGAGACGCCAGCUGGGUGGAAAACUUCUUGGUGCCUGAGCUGGAGGAGCCAAGGGAGACUGAUGAAGGCACGAUGAAUCCCAGACAUCCUCGGCCUCUGACCCUGUGCCUCCACAAGCGGGACUUCCUUCCCGGAAACUGGAUAGUGGAUAAUAUCAUCAGUGCCAUGGAGCGCAGCCGCCGAACCAUCUUUGUCCUCUCAGAGAACUUUGUCCAAUCUGACUGGUGUCGCUACGAGCUGGACUUCUCCCACUUCUGGCUUUUCGAUGGGGAUUCUGGCCGAGACGCGGCCAUCUUGAUCCUGCUGGAACCGCUGUCCAAGGACGACAUCCCCAAACGCUUCUGCAAACUGCACAAACUCAUGAGCUCCACCACCUACCUGGAGUGGCCUCAGGAGGAGGAGAAGGUCGAGGGGUUCUGGAGGAGUCUCCGCAACGCUUUGAGAGGAGAAGAAGAGGAGGGUGACUGAGGGGGAAAACACAAAGUGAUGAAGAGAAAAGAUAAGAAUAAAGGACAAAAUCAGAAGUUGAAAAGGGUGGAGGAAUAGUUAGAGGUGAAGAAGAGGAAAAGAAAGGAUGGAGAGGAAUACUUCAAUAUUAAAUGAGCAGAUGUGUCUCUCGGAUUAUUAAUUGUUCUUUUAACUCGUAAAAUAUUGUUGUCUAAUGGAAGCUUGGUAUAUUUGUUUCACUAAAGCAACACAAUUAACAUGAUGAAAUAAAAGUUACCUUCAGCUGCACAACAAGUAAUUAUAUCCAGUCUCACAUUUCCUCAGUUUGAGCACCAGGAGCAUCAGUAGAAUAAGACGUUUAAUUUACAAGUUAUGAUGUAGUGCAGAAUCAGCCUGGUAAUCUGCUGGUAGUUUGAUGAAAUGUCCACUUGGGGGAGCAGUUGAUUGAUUUUUGCCACAACCUCAUGAUGCUGUCAGUGGAUGUGAAACCAGUUCUGCAGUAAACAGUCUGAGAACUUACAUGAAGUGAGUCAACUUUCUGUAAAAAGAGUGUUUAUAUAGAUAUUUUCUUCUGCUUGUGUGUUUCAUCAUUUAGUACGUUGUCACUCCACUAGACUUGAAACUGUAGCUUCUCUCUCAAACGUCAUUUUGUUUUGUGAUAGCUUGAAUCAUUAUUUAUUUUAUACUCACAUCAGACCACCAACAUCACAUGAUUUUACAUUUUACAUGGCAGAAUAUGGAGAUUUUAUAGUGAACUGACAUGUAAUGGGAAAAUAUAAAUCUUACUGUACCUGCACCAAAGAGACACAGAUCAAACUUAACUGGUCAAGAUGGUUUUUCAACCCUUUGUCUAGACUGAGAGGAGAAAAUGUUGGGAACUAUAAUGUAACGUUAUGGGGAAAAAAAUAACAGGAAACAGAUUUUGAAGAGAACCAAACUGGUUUUAUUAAGUACUGCAA